CUCCACGUGACCGAACCGCCCUUAAGUGGGGCGCUGCUGCCACAGCUAUGCGGAGCGCGUCGCGCGCGCAACUACUGUGCUGUUAACAGCGGUGAGAGGGGGACGUGCGCGUGAACGCGAAAUAUGAUCUCAAAGAGUCCGAGGAGAUAACAGGGUCGUUUCCCCCCCCCCCCCCCGUCGUUGAGGGACUGACCAGGGCUAGUCAAGUAAUCACAACCGAGACUCUUUCCACGUGGAAGUGCACCAACUUAAGUGAAAAAGGAAGGAAGGAAGGAAAGAGAAAGUGUAGUCUACCCCUGGCUCAAUCAUGAGUGCCAAAUCUGCCAUCAACAAGGACAUCUUCACACCACGAGACGAGAAGAUGCUAGCAGCUGUGCAGGUCAGGAGGCGAACAAAGAAGAAAAUCCCCUUCCUGGCUACUGGGGGCCAGGGAGAGUACAUGACCUACAUCUGCCUGUCAGUGACAAACAAGAAGCCCCCUCAGCUGUCAAUCACCAAGGUCAAACAGUUUGAGGGCUCCUCCUCUUUUGCUCGAAGGUCCCAGUGGACUGUGGACCAGCUCCGACAGGUCAAUGGCAUCGACCCAAACAGAGACUGCCCAGAAUUCGACCUGGUUUUUGACAAUGCCUCUGACCAGUGGGUAGCUGGCUCAGCUGGGGAGAAGUGCACGUUUGUCCAGAUUCUGCACCAUGCCUGCCAGCGGCACAGCGGCGAGCGGAAACCAGAGUUCAUCAACUGCCAGUCGAAGCUGCUUGGAGUAAGUUCGGUCAUUUUCCAUUGCAAGAACUUUUUGAACAAAAUGAGGGGUGCGACAGUAUCGAACCAGUGUCCUCGUCAGAAGGAAGGUAACAGUAUACUGCACUCUGCAGCAGGCAGCGUGACCAGCGCCGUGCAGAAGGCCAGUCAGGCGCUGAACGAGCGCCAGGAGCGCCUGGGUCGGGCCGAAGAAAAGACGGGGGAGCUUAUGAAUAGCGCCCAGCAGUUCGCAGACACGGCACACAAGCUUGCCAUGAAGCACAAGUGUUAAACAAGGGAACCCUCUGGGGAUCUGGACAGACGAGAAAGGCACCGAUCCUCUGGGACACCUUUCUAAUUGUAUUAAUGCGUGUUGUUUACCCCCCACCUCAAACACCAUCAUCACUAAUGCACUUUUCAUACACCCUUGGACCCUUCCUGAGUGUCAGUGAAGGUAUGGGCAUCACAAGGGUGUGGACUGAAGAGGAUGUGGCAUGCAGCUUCAGCACAAUGUUGCCAGCACAUCUCAUGGCCCAAUUCCUCCAUGGCCUAAGGAGCAGCAAAGCACCACUCCCUCAUCCUGUCACACUGGGGUGCUGGGAAUGGCCCCCUACCUGCCUCCUGGGACUUCUUCAGAUUUCUCUGGUAGUGACAUGUAGGAAUGCCUUCUUGCUUGUGUGAAAAACAUUUUCAUUAAUCGUCUGUGAUCGCAGCUAACAAUAGAAAGUAGUGUAAAGUGUUUAAUACUGCAUGGCACUACUUUCAUUCUUUUUUUAAUUUUUUUGUUUGACAGUUUUCUUGAGGGGAUAACAGCAUUAAUUGACAAGUAGGUCAAAAAGUCACAAAUGAAGUUCCAAGAAACUUGAUGUGAUCAAUGUAGGUGUACGAAGAAGCGGUUGCCUGCUCCACAGAUGGCACAGCCUUCUGCUUCACAUGGGUUCGCUGUCUGAAUACAGUAUGGGCAAUAAACUUUAUAUAGUAUUAGUUUUGAAUAUAAAAAAAUGGAAGCCUGACUGCCUGUUAUGGUAUCAGUGUGAAAUUGCUGUCUGACUUUACAGUUGCAGAUCACUGACCUCUGCCCAGCUGUGUAAUUAAUGGUCAUGAUUCUUCACAAUAUGUGCUAAAAUACUGCUGCACUUACACAAUUCUUUUAGCGUAUAUCCAUUAUUACAGUGAUUGUGACAACUAAACUUUCUGGGAAAUUUUUGAAAAUAAGUUUAUUCCCCUCUGUCAUAUAAAACUUUUUUUUUUCCCUUUA